AUGACCCAUUUACAAGCUGGACUUAGUCCAGAGACUAUAGAGAAAGCCCGCCUGGAACUGAAUGAAAACCCAGACAUUUUGCAUCAGGAUAUCCAGCAAGUCAGGGACAUGAUCAUCACGAGGCCUGACAUUGGGUUUUUACGUACAGAUGAUGCCUUCAUCUUGAGAUUUCUCCGAGCCAGAAAGUUUCACCAAACUGAGGCCUUCAGACUGCUGGCUCAGUACUUCCAGUACCGCCAAUUAAACCUGGAUAUGUUCAAAAACUUCAAGGCUGAUGAUCCAGGAAUCAAACGGGCUCUGACAGAUGGGUUCCCGGGAGUACUGGAAAAUCGCGAUCACUGUGGCAGGAAGAUUCUUCUGCUUUUUGCAGCCAACUGGGAUCAGAGUAGGAACUCCUUCAUAGAUAUCCUUCGGGCUAUCCUACUGUCCUUGGAAGUGCUCAUCGAAGAUCAGGAGCUUCAGAUAAAUGGCUUCAUUCUAAUUAUAGAUUGGAGCAACUUCUCCUUCAAGCAAGCUUCCAAGCUUACGCCGUCUAUCCUCAAACUGGCCAUUGAAGGGUUACAGGACAGCUUUCCUGCCCGUUUUGGAGGAGUCCAUUUUGUCAACCAGCCCUGGUACAUCCAUGCCCUGUACACACUAAUCAAACCGUUCCUCAAAGACAAGACAAGGAAAAGGAUCUUUCUUCAUGGUAACAACCUGAACAGCCUUCACCAGCUAAUACACCCUGAAUGCCUGCCCUCUGAAUUCGGGGGGACUCUUCCUCCGUAUGACAUGGGGACAUGGGCUCGAACGUUACUCGGUCCCGACUACAGCGACGAAAACGAGUACACCCACACCUCCUACAACGCCAUGCAUGUGAAGCACGCGUCCUCCAACUUGGAGCGGGAGGCCUCACCCAAACCCAUGAAAAGGUCCCAGUCGGUGGUGGAAGCUGGCACGCUGAAACACGAAGACCAGGGGGAAAGCGAGAACACCCAGCCGCUGCUGGCUCUGGACUGA